UGGGAUGACGCCACACUCCAGGAUGGGCGGGCGGAUGUCAGAUAGGCUUCGCCUGCCUUAUCCUCAGACACAAGGACACUCUUGAUCGACAGUGUGCGCAGGACGCCAGAGUGACUAAUACCGCCAACCCCAAGCUGGAUCUGAUCAAGAGAAAGACUGAAGGAAACAUCAGAACAAUACCGAAGCAUAUCAAGGUGUCCCAGGAACUUUCUAGGCAGAUAUUGCCCUGUGUGCCCACAUCUUUGCUUCCGAGAAACAGGGUAGCAAAACAACUCGUGCAGGUUGGCAAUACCAUGGAAUCUACACCAGAAGAAAGAGACGGUGCUUUAUGGCCAGACAUCCCCAGGGGCCCCCUUAGUGCCUACAGAGAAAGAGCUUCCUUCAGCUCCAAGGAGCUGCUGCUUUUCUGGGAUGGUGAGGAUGUACUCCACUUCAAGAAAACCAUCUUCAAGACUUUGGAGAAUGACCCUCUCUUUGCCCGCUCAUAUGGGACCGAUCUGCCUCUAGAGAAGCAACGGGAGCUGAACUUCCUCCGCUGCAAGCGGGUCUUGGAGCAUGGCUUCUUCCAGGUGGAAGAACUGUUGAAGGAGCCCCUGAAGAUCCCGGCAUUGAUCCACUGCCUGGGCAUGUACGACUGGUCCCUGGCUAACAAAUGCGCCCUCCACAUGCUGGUUUUUGGAUCCGCAAUUUUCAAUUCUGGUUCUGAGCAGCGUCUCAAGUACCUUGAAAAGAUCUAUAGCUUGGAGAUUUUUGGCUGUUUUGCUCUGACUGAACUGAGUCAUGGGAGUAACACCAAGGCCAUGCGAACAACAGCUCACUACGAUCCUGCCACUCAGGAGUUCAUCAUUCACUCCCCGGAUUUCGAGGCUGCCAAAUUUUGGGUGGGCAACAUGGGCAAGACAGCAACGCACGCGGUGGUGUUUGCUCAGCUGUACAUGCCAGAUGGCAAGUGCCAUGGGCUGCAUUCCUUCCUGGUGCAGAUUCGGGACCCGAAGACCCUGCUUCCCAUGCCAGGGGUGAUGGUCGGUGACAUGGGGAAGAAGCUGGGGCAGAAUGCCCUGGAUAAUGGAUUCGCCAUGUUCCACAAAGUUCGAAUUCCUCGCCAGAACCUCCUGGACCGAACUGGGAAUAUCACCUCCGAGGGCACUUACAGCACCCCCUUUAAGGAUGUCCGGCAACGUUUGGGAGCAUCCUUGGGCAGCCUGUCCAUAGGACGCAUCUCCAUUAUUGGCUUCUCUGUGGCCAACCUGAAACUGGCCGUGUCCAUAGCGCUCCGAUUCUCAGCCACACGGUGUCAGUUUGGACCCACAGACGAGGAAGAAAUUCCUGUCCUUGAAUAUCCCCUGCAGCAAUGGCGCCUACUUCCAUACCUGGCAGCUGCCUAUGCCUUGGACCACUUCUCUAAGACACUCUUCUUGGAUGUGAUAGAGCUACAGAGUGGCCUGAUCAAGGGAGACCACAGUGCCAGGCAGGCAGAGCUUGGACGUGAGAUCCAUGCACUGGCAUCGGCUGGCAAGCCCCUAGCCUCAUGGACAGCUCAGCGGGGGAUCCAGGAGUGCCGUGAAGCAUGCGGGGGACACGGCUAUCUGGGCAUAAAUCGGCUUGGUGACCUCAGAAAUGACAAUGAUCCAAACUGCACCUAUGAGGGUGACAACAACGUCCUACUACAGCAGACCAGCAACUACCUGCUCAGCCUCCUGGAACACCGGCUCCAAGACGGAGCUGCCUUCACAAGCCCUCUCAAGACAGUGGACUUUCUGGAAGCAUACCCUGGAAUCUUGGGCCAGAAGUUCAUGGGCUCCAGCAAAGCAGACUGGUUGGACUCAGCAGCUCUCCUGGCAGCAUACCGCUGGCUUGUCUGCUACCUGCUCCAAGGGAGUCAUCAGAAAUUCUGUCAAGAGAAAAAGUCUACAGGCAGUGACUUUGAAGCAAGAAACAACAGCCAGGUGUACUACUGCCGGCCCCUGGCCCUGGUCUUCUUGGAGCUCACUGUGGUGCAGCGAUUCCAUGAGCACACACACAGCUCCAGCGUGCCUCCAUCUCUGCAGGCUGUGCUGAGGCGGCUCAGCACACUCUAUGGCCUGUGGUCCCUGAGCCAGCAUACAGCCCUGCUCUACCGAGGUGGCUACAUUUCUGGUGAGCAAGCAGGAAGAGCCAUGGAGGAUGCCAUCUUGGCACUGUGUAUGCAGUUGCCCUGGAGACUGUGGGGUGUUACCAAGUGGACGGACUUUGUUUCCCAACAGCUGAAAGAUGAUGCGGUGGCCCUAGUGGACGUGAUCGCCCCUUCUGACUUUGUUCUGGGCUCCCCAAUUGGCAGAGCUGAUGGUGAGCUCUAUAAAAACCUGUGGUCAGCCAUCCUGCAGCAGCACGGUGUGCUGGAGCGUGCCGCCUGGUGGCCUGAGUUCACUGCCAACAAGCCUGUGGCCAACAGGCUGAAGUCCCAGCUGUAGACAUGGUGGGAGAGGUGGCCGCAGCAGAAGCAGCCGAUCCAGUGGCCUGGACCCGGGAGACAACAAGAUGCCCAUGCUGAAAAACACACACACCCUAUAUUUUCCUUGCCCCUGGUCAACCUGUCAUACCCAUCCUCAAAUGGGGAAAGGCCAUGCCUCACAUGCAGGGCCAGGGAGUUUGCACAGUAUGUAUGUCCCCCUGCAGGUCUUGGGAUUUUAACAGAGGAUUUUAUCCAUGCCUUCUUGGGAACACAGUUAGGAAGGUCAAGUCAGGGCUCACAAUGAAGGCUUCUGCUCAGGUGAACUUUGGGGUCCAUGGGAGAUUUUUACAAAGCUUUCUUCUCUAUUCUGCCUUCUCAUUCUUUAAUCCUUCUGUGGUAUGGCUAUACCUUGGUUUUACUAACCACUUAUGGCUCCAUACCAUGGACCGUCAGAAUGACAUAAUUUGGAGAUUUUCUUGGGGGAAAAUGUUUUAUCAUUUGUUUUGGUGGCCCCAGAAGUUUCCAUUGAGGACGUGCUCCCACAGAGAAAGUGUGUGGUGGUGGUAGGGACAUCUAGUUUACUCAUCAUGACAUCCCCACUGUGUCAGUGACUGAUUGGCAAUGGUUUCAGUCCUUUUUAUUUCUAUAACAGGAGAAAUGCUCAGAGCCAUCUGUCCCCCACCAAGUAUCCCUCAGCAAACUCGCACGGCAUGACCCUGCUACACUGGCCACAGCAAGAUCCUUGUGCUUCUGAAAGGUACAGGGGCCAUGCUGCCAUCCCUUCCAGCUUUAGGAAGGAUCUUCUACCCUUAACCUUUCUGAUGGGGUGUUCUGAGCCCCGGCUGCUUGCUGAGCCCAAAAGCCUCUUUCUUCACCACCUUGAUCUUAGUUAACCACCACCCCAUCCUGGCUCAGCCCCACUCCCCAGAGUUCCACCCCAGCCCAAUGUCAUGGAUUGGCUCUGGGGACCGCUAACCUAACUGGAGUCCUUGUGGAGCAUGGGGGCCGUGCGUUCACAGAUGAUCCCCUUCACCUGGAUCUGUGGCUUUUCCCAACAAUGAAGAAUAAGUCUUAGAUCUUCUUGGGUCCUGCCACACAGUGGUCACCUCAGCCACCUGUUCACCUGACCAUACUUUUGUGUGGGAGCUUGAUUUACUAUCCUGUCUGACCGGAGACUGGCCAGCAUAUCACAGAAGUGGCCAAGGUCAGAAGAGUGUUACAUUAAGUCAAGUCACACGGUUCCCAGGGUCAGGCAGUCUGACUGCAGAGCUUCCCUUGGUAGCCAGUGCCAACAGAUUUGAAAUGAUAGAAAAAUGUAUCAGCAGCUAUGGCUUCGGGGGGGGGGGGGGGGGGCGCGGAGAGUCAGUUUUCCCUAAGAAUGGCCACUGGUGGGUUGACCAUGCUCCAUUGCACGCUCACAUACCCAAGAGUUUAUGUGCAGUCACAAAGUGGUCUUGAGGGAGUUUUUAAAAAAUAUGUGUGUAUGUGUGUUUUCAUAUCCACCCAUUGGGUAUGUCUUUGUCCCUGGGGCAGAGACUGGCUCUCUGGUCACGAAGUUUGAGGGCUGUCCUGUUAGAUUGCAGGCAUCACAUGACUUGAGGGGAUGAAGCCUGCAUCCCAAGUCUCUGCUUGUGUGCAUGCACUUCACUCCUCAGUCCUGAGGGUGGUGGCAUGGGAAACAGGCCUGUGGGCAGGGGCCACAUAAUUAACACAAACUUGUAAAGGGCCCUUAAAAAUGAAACAUUGGUAAACAGCAGUAAAAACUUGAGUAAUUGCAAUAAAGUGUUGAAAUUGA